AGCUGGUUCCUGGAGGAGCUCAAUUGACAUCUCCUGGCCCUUCUGCUUUCUGCCGACCUUUCCUAUUUAAGCGCUUUAAGCGAAAGCACGGGAGAGAGGGGGAGAGAGAUUUUCAUUUUUCAGCGGAGGGGUUUUUGAGUGGUCGCCAUGCCGUGCUUGAACAUCUCCACGAACGUGAGCCUCGAUGGUGUCGACACCUCCUCCAUCCUCGCUGAAGCCACCAAGAACGUUGCCAAGAUCAUCGGCAAGCCCGAGAGCUAUGUGAUGAUAGUGCUGAAAGGAUCAGUGCCUAUUGCUUUUGGAGGAAAUGAACAGCCUGCUGCAUAUGGAGAGCUGGUCUCCAUUGGCGGCUUGAAUCCAGACACAAACAAGAAGCUCAGUGCUGCAAUAUCCAACAUUUUGGAAACCAAAUUAUCCGUUCCAAAGUCGCGCUUCUUCCUCAAAUUUUAUGAUACCAAGGGUUCCAACUUUGGAUGGAACGGUUCUACCUUCUAAUGCACAGGCUAGUUUGUUUGGGUCUCUUCCAUUCUUGGAAAUGGUAGACUUUGUGCUUUUGGUGUUUGGGGAAAACCCAUAAUAUAUGCAGGUCACUUGUUCAUGUUCACUGCUCUGCUGUCUUGUGAGGUUACAGGGGGAUGCACGGUUCUCCUUUAUUUACUUCUCUGACUUUGGCACUUCUGACUGAUGAAACGUUCUGAUAUUUUACUUUAUUAAAUGGCCAAACACUAUGUCGUGUUGA